AGAAAUGGAAGAAGCCCUAAUGGAUUGUGCGGGGAAAAUCAUCAGAACAUCAAUCUACACCUUUCUGAAACACUUCCAAUUCUUCUCCACAAUCCCAAUUCUUCUCUUGCUCCCUUUCUCAGCUUCAUUUCUCCUCUCCCAAUCCCUUUUCCAUGUUUCAGGAUUUCCUUUAUCUUUGCAAUUCGAAUCCCUUUCCCUCUUUGCCUUUGCUUUUCCUCUCCCUUUUGCGGUCUCAUCCUUUCUCAUAGCAAAAAUUUCUGUAAUUCAUGCUCUCAAUCACCAAAACUCAUCUUUUCCACCACCGUUUUCAAGCUUCAUCUUGCUUUAUAAACCCCUCCUGUUGACACACCUCUGCAGUUUAAUCCUCAUCAUUGCCAUCACUUCUGCCGGAUUUUCUCUCCUUUUCUUCCCCAUGAAUCCUCUCGAAACAGCUUUUUGGCCUGCAGUAUUUCUCCCAGAAGCUGGAGCUGUAGUCUUUUACUGCUUCCUAGUGAACGCGAGUUUUGUAAGCAACUUAGCCUUGGUUAUAGCAGGAACGGAUGGUUGUGCUGGCCAUGCAGCAAUCCAUAAGGCCUUUUUGCUGAGGAAAGGUAAGGGAUUGAUUGCUCUCAUGUUAUUUCUCCCCACAAGUCUGGGUCUUGCUGCUAUACAAGCCCUGUUUAGAUACAGAGUCAUAAGGGUUUACAGGUUCUCUGGAGGAAUAAGUGCUUCUAUGGCUUUUGAGGGUUUGUUCAUUGCUUCUUUGUUUUCUUUCCUUAUUGUUCUUGACACAAUUGUCUGCUGCUUCUUCUACAAAAGUUGUGAAUCAACUUCCACGGAAAGCCAGUUUGAUGGGGUUUUCUAUGAUAUUGAGCUUGUCCAAGAAACAAAGUGUACAGAGGAGCUUCCAUGAAUGAAUUCUCCUCCCCCCCCCCCCCCCCCCCCCCUUUUUAUGUUUACAUUUGGAAUUGAGCUAUGUAAUAUAACUCAAAAUUCCCCCUUACUUGUAUCACGGUUCAAACAUAAAACCUUCAACUUGAAAUGUUUACGUUUUUACAAGUUAAAACUCCAUCUUUUGAGGCUCCAUGAAUGAAUUAUUUAGGUCUUU